AAUUACUUCUCCCCUUCCUCAGCCCAUUCUGUAGCUUCAUAUAAAAAUCUAUCCCUUUCUUCUCCUCAGUACUCCUCAUCACUCCAAUCUACUAGUCUGUUUUUGAAAAAAACCACGAAGUUUCAAGUAGAUAAUUAAGCAUAGUUAAUUAUGGGUACUCCUUGGCCUGAAAAGCUCUCAAUUACUAGGCAAAAGUUGAUCAAAGAGCUUGUUGAAGGCAAGCAGUGCGCAACCCAGCUGAAGACCCUGCUUCACAAAGCCUUGGAAGAAGAUCAUGAGUCUUUCUCCGCCAAGGACCUCGUCUCCAAAAUCUUGACAUCUUUCACUGAGACUCUCUCUCUACUCAGCUCUAUCGAGUCUGGGGAGGUAAUUAGUCAGAACCUGGCUGUUUCCCAUGCUGAUUCACAUUGCGAUGACCCGAGGUCUGACGAUUCCGGCGAGAGCAGUAGAAAGAGGCCCGCUUCCAAGGAUCGGAGAGGGUGUUACAGGAGAAGGAAGACAGCACACACAUGGACAACAGUCUCUCCCACAGUAGAAAAUGACGGUCAUGCGUGGAGAAAGUACGGACAAAAGGAGAUCCUCAAUGCUAAGCACCCAAGGAGUUACUUCCGGUGUACACGCAAGUACGAUCAAGGUUGCCGGGCGACGAAACAAGUCCAGAAAAUGGAAAACGACCCGCAGAUGUUUCAGACCACUUACAUUGGUCAUCACACAUGCAGAGACAUAGUAAAGACACCGCAAAUCAUCGCAGAAACUCAUGGUUUGACGUGGGAAUGUUACUUGGCGAAUUCGGAAUCGGCGUUCGCCGUCACACCAACCAUAAAACAGGAAUCUAAGGAGGAGGCGCUGAGUGACCUGACUGACAACCUUCCAUCGUUGUGGCCAGAUUUAAAGGAUUUCCAGUUGUCUGGGCCUAUGGGCUCUGAUAACGGAGAUGUGGUAUCCACCAUGUACUCCUGUACGGAUACUGCUUCUCUUAGUUUGGACAUUGAUUUUGACGGUGAUUUUAGCGACUUUCUCUAGGCUACCUUUUCUCUACUGUACAAGCUAGAACAAAAUGGACAAUUUCCUCUGUACGUGUACGGUCAUAUCCCAUUUGCUUAGAAAUAAUUAUGUUUAUAAUUAGAGAAAAAAAAAAAAAAAAAAAACUCAAAUCAUUUCUUUCUGGUUGCCUUUCUUUAAUUGACGGAUACAACACGGGCGGGGGCGGAGAUCCACCAAAUUUCCAUAGAGCCUUGGAAAUUUGUAUAAAGGUGGUGGGGUCAGGGCUAGCGAUGGGUUUGUUUUUCCAGUGGAAAAGAAAAAAGGAUAAUUUGAUCCUCUAUGGAUGCCUUCAUACUUGCGGCCUAAAAGUUCGCAAUUGGACCAGUAACAUUUCUGAAUUCCACCCUGUUU